UUUGUUUUUGACACUUGUCCUGAUUUCUUCACUCAACAAAGUAGUAGGCUAUUGAAAAUGGGCGACUUCCAGCAUUCCUCGGAUGACUCUUCCCAAGACUUCACAGAGCCAGAUGUAAUAAGCCGGGAUUCGAAGCUGGAGUUCUCAGAAGAUGAGGAAACACUGAUUUCUAGGAUGUUCAAUUUGGUCGGAGAGAGGUGGUCUCUGAUAGCCGGGAGAAUCCCCGGAAGGACGGCAGAAGAAAUCGAGAAGUACUGGACUUGUAAGUAUUCUUCGUCGAGUGAAUAAAAGCGCUGAAAACCCAAGUCAUGAAGUGGAAGUUUGACUAGGAAAUCCCAGCUCCCAGCCUCCCACCUAUAAACUAGCAAGAGAACGAACCUGGUAGCUUAGAGUGGAAAUUGGAAAAACUCCAGCUGCAUUCAUGAAUCGUGUAAUUAGCUUUUGUCUGAUGGGCCUGGGGGCAGUGUAUAUUAGCUCAUUAUUUCGCUUUUGCAAUUGUUUCCAGUUCAAUGAUUAAUGCUUUAAUUCCUUCAAUUUCAA